GUAAGUAGAAGCGGUGGAAGAGUAGGAGAGAAGAAGAAAAUCUUGAUGAACGCAAUCUCAUAUUAGAACCUUAAAUUGUUUUGUUCUUAAAUAAAAUUAAGCCGUCAACAAUCCGCUGGGAAAACAAAAGAACUCGCCAUUGUUGAUCUAGCUGCGACGAAAAGGCAAUAAUGGAGCCAUCGGAGGAACCAGGUCCAGACCCAGGUACUCAGGAUGUGAACCCCUUGUUUCUGCAGCAGCUCAGAGAGCUGGACAUCCCUGAAGAGGCAGCAAAACAGGCGCUCCUGCACACUCGGAACGUGUCUGCCGAAGAGGCGGCCAUGUACUACUUCAACAAGCUGGAGAAUGAGGAGGAGGGGGAUGAAGACCUCUCAUUCAAGAUGGUAUUUGUGGUUAAUAUGGACCUUGCCAUGGGUGUUGGAAAGGUGGCUGCCCAGGUCGGCCAUGCUGCUGUGGGGUUGUACCAGGCUCUACAGGAGAGAAACAGCUGGAGAGAGAUGGCCUGGAAGUGGGACCAUAGUGGGGCCAAGAAGGUGGUGGUCCAAGGCACCAACAUGGCUCAUCUGCUGGAGCUACAGGCCCUGGCCAUGAGCCUCAGCCUGCCCACUUACCUGGUCCAAGAUGCAGGACUUACCCAGGUGGAGUCUGGGUCCCGCACUGUACUGGCCAUCAUGGGAGAAGAGGAUAUGGUGAACAAUGUCACUGGUAGUCUGAAGCUGCUUUGAGUGGCAAGAUGUCUUUUUAAAGGUGGAUGGUUGGCCUCCCCUGGCUGUUAUGCCACAUAGUAACCAGAGGAGGGCAGCAUUUCACUGCAGAUUGUUGCCACACAAGCAUCAACACCUUGAACAAGAGGUGGAGAAGGGUGGAGAGCAGACAUGUUCUAACAGCAGUAAACUAAACAAACAGUCAGCCAUUUGUUUCCUUUUCUUUCUCUGUGCUGCUUAGUUAGCUGUUGAAAGCAGGAAGGGAGUGGGAGGGUGGCUCCUUCAUUAGGAGCAAAAAAAAAAGACAGGUGAAAUUUCUGUUAAUGCCGACCUUUUUCUGUUGCACGUACAUUUUAUAAAUACACACACACACACACACAUAUA